CUCUCGACACGGAGCACCCUUCUAGCUUCUUCGUCUCCAGGACGGACGCUCAGGCUCCUCUCUCGCCUUAGCCCAACUUGCUUUCCCGCCUCGCAAACUCCGGUUUCCCUCCACUCCCAACUCUUUUCACUACACGUUUCCCCUCCUCUAUCUCCCACGCCACGAACCCCGAUCCCCAAACUCCUCUCUCCCGCCCUCCUCCUUCCCCUCUCCUCCCUUCAACUCUUCAUCCGCUUCCACCUCAGACUCUGCGCGCACCCAAUUCAGUCGCCAUCUCCCGUUCGGCUCCUCGAAGCCAUGGCGGGACCUGGGGGCUGGAGGGACAGGGAGGUCACGGAUCUGGGCCACCUGCCGGAUCCAACUGGAAUAUUCUCACUAGAUAAAACCAUUGGCCUUGGUACUUACGGCAGAAUCUAUUUGGGACUUCAUGAGAAGACUGGUGCAUUUACAGCUGUUAAAGUGAUGAACGCUCGUAAGACCCCUUUACCUGAAAUAGGAAGGCGAGUGAGAGUGAAUAAAUAUCAAAAAUCUGUUGGGUGGAGAUACAGCGAUGAGGAAGAGGAUCUCAGGACUGAACUCAACCUUCUGAGGAAGUACUCUUUCCACAAAAACAUUGUGUCCUUCUAUGGUGCAUUUUUCAAGCUGAGUCCCCCUGGUCAGCGGCACCAACUUUGGAUGGUGAUGGAGUUAUGUGCAGCAGGUUCGGUCACUGAUGUAGUGAGAAUGACCAGAAAUCAGAGUUUAAAAGAAGAUUGGAUUGCUUAUAUCUGCCGAGAAAUCCUUCAGGGCUUAGCUCACCUUCACGCACACCGAGUAAUUCACCGGGACAUCAAAGGUCAGAAUGUGCUGCUGACUCAUAAUGCUGAAGUAAAACUGGUUGAUUUUGGAGUGAGUGCCCAGGUGAGCAGAACUAAUGGAAGAAGGAAUAGUUUCAUUGGGACACCAUACUGGAUGGCACCUGAGGUGAUUGACUGUGAUGAGGACCCAAGACGCUCCUAUGAUUACAGAAGUGAUGUGUGGUCUGUGGGAAUUACUGCCAUUGAAAUGGCUGAAGGAGCCCCUCCUCUGUGUAACCUUCAACCCUUGGAAGCUCUCUUCGUUAUUUUGCGGGAAUCUGCUCCCACAGUCAAAUCCAGCGGAUGGUCCCGUAAGUUCCACAAUUUCAUGGAAAAGUGUACGAUAAAAAAUUUCCUGUUUCGUCCUACUUCUGCAAACAUGCUUCAACACCCAUUUGUUCGGGAUAUAAAAAAUGAACGACAUGUUGUUGAGUCAUUAACAAGGCAUCUUACUGGAAUCAUUAAAAAAAGACAGAAAAAAGGAAUACCUUUGAUCUUUGAAAGAGAAGAAGCUAUUAAGGAACAGUACACCAUGAGAAGAUUCAGAGGACCCUCUUGCACUCACGAGCUUCUGAGAUUGCCAACCAGCAGCAGAUGCAGACCACUUAGAGUCCUGCAUGGGGAACCCUCUCAGCCAAGGUGGCUACCUGAUCGAGAAGAGCCACAGGUCCAGGCACUUCAGCAGCUACAGGGAGCAGCCAGGGUAUUCAUGCCACUGCAGGCUCUGGACAGUGCACCUAAGCCUCUAAAGGGGCAGGCUCAGGCACCUCAACGACUACAAGGGGCAGCUCGGGUGUUCAUGCCACUACAGGCUCAGGUGAAGGCUAAGGCCUCUAAACCUCUACAAAUGCAGAUUAAGGCACCUCCACGACUACGGAGGGCAGCCAGGGUGCUCAUGCCACUACAGGCACAGGUUAGGGCACCUAGGCUUCUGCAGGUACAGUCCCAGGUAUCCAAAAAGCAGCAGGCCCAGACCCAGACAUCAGAACCACAAGAUCUGGACCAGGUACCAGAGGAAUUUCAGGGUCAAGAUCAGGUACCCGAACAACAAAGGCAGGGCCAGGCCCCUGAACAACAGCAGAGGCACAACCAGGUGCCUGAACAAGAGCUGGAGCAGAACCAGGCACCUGAACAGCCAGAGGUACAGGAACAGGCUGCCGAGCCUGCGCAGGCAGAGACUGAGGCAGAGGAACCUGAGUCAUUACGAGUAAAUGCCCAGGUAUUUCUGCCCCUGCUAUCACAAGAUCACCAUGUGCUGUUGCCACUACAUUUGGAUACUCAGGUGCUCAUUCCAGUAGAGGGGCAAACUGAAGGAUCACCUCAGGCACAGGCUUGGACACUAGAACCCCCACAGGCAAUUGGCUCAGUUCAAGCACUGAUAGAGGGACUAUCAAGAGACUUGCUUCGGGCACCAAACUCAAAUAACUCAAAGCCACUUGGUCCGUUGCAAACCCUGAUGGAAAAUCUGUCAUCAAAUAGGUUUUACUCACAACCAGAACAGGCACGGGAGAAAAAAUCAAAAGUUUCUACUCUGAGGCAAGCACUGGCAAAAAGACUAUCACCAAAGAGGUUCAGGGCAAAGUCAUCAUGGAGACCUGAAAAGCUUGAACUCUCGGAUUUAGAAGCCCGCAGGCAAAGGCACCAACGCAGAUGGGAAGAUAUCUUUAAUCAGCAUGAGGAAGAAUUGAGACAAGUUGAUAAAGACAAAGAAGAUGAAUCAUCAGACAAUGAUGAAGUAUUUCAUUCGAUUCAGGCUGAAGUCCAGAUAGAGCCAUUGAAGCCAUACAUUUCAAAUCCUAAAAAAAUUGAGGUUCGAGAGAGAUCUCCUUCUGUGCCUAACAACCAGGAUCAUGCACAUCAUGUCAAGUUCUCUUCAAGCGUUCCUCAGCGGUCUCUUUUGGAACAAGCUCAGAAGCCCAUUGACAUCAGACAAAGGAGUUCGCAAAAUCGUCAAAAUUGGCUGGCAGCAUCAGAAUCUUCUUCUGAGGAAGAAAGUCCUGUGACUGGAAGGAGGUCUCAGUCAUCACCACCUUAUUCUACUAUUGAUCAGAAGUUGCUGGUUGACAUCCAUGUUCCAGAUGGAUUUAAAGUAGGAAAAAUAUCACCCCCUGUAUACUUGACAAACGAAUGGGUAGGCUAUAAUGCACUCUCUGAAAUCUUCCGGAAUGAUUGGUUAACUCCUGCACCUGUCAUUCAGCCACCUGAAGAGGAUGGUGAUUAUGUUGAACUCUAUGAUGCCAGUGCUGAUACUGAUGGUGAUGAUGAUGAUGAGUCUAAUGAUACUUUUGAAGAUACCUAUGAUCAUGCCAAUGGCAAUGAUGACUUGGAUAACCAGGUUGAUCAGGCUAAUGAUGUUUGUAAAGACCAUGAUGAUGACAACAAUAAGUUUGUUGAUGAUGUAAAUAAUAAUUAUUAUGAGGCGCCUAGUUGUCCAAGGGCAAGCUAUGGCAGAGAUGGAAGCUGCAAGCAAGAUGGUUAUGAUGGAAGUCGUGGAAAAGAGGAAGCCUACAGAGGCUAUAGAAGCCAUAGAGCCAAUAGAAGCCAUGGAGGAAGUGCAGCCAGUGAGGACAAUGCAGCCAUUGGAGAUCAGGAAGAACAUGCAGCCAAUAUAGGCAGUGAAAGAAGAGGCAGUGAGGGUGAUGGAGGUAAGGGAGUCGUUCGAACCAGUGAAGAGAGUGGAGCCCUUGGACUCAAUGGAGAAGAAAAUUGCUCAGAGACAGAUGGUCCAGGAUUGAAGAGACCUGCGUCUCAGGACUUUGAAUAUCUACAGGAGGAGCCAGGUGGUGGAAAUGAGGCCUCAAAUGCCAUUGACUCAGGUGCUGCACCGUCAGCACCUGAUCAUGAGAGUGACAAUAAGGACAUAUCAGAAUCAUCAACACAAUCAGAUUUUUCUGCCAAUCACUCAUCUCCUUCCAAAGGUUCUGGGAUGUCUGCUGAUGCUAACUUUGCCAGUGCCAUCUUAUACGCUGGAUUCGUAGAAGUACCUGAGGAAUCACCUAAGCAACCCUCUGAAGUCAAUGUUAACCCACUCUAUGUCUCUCCUGCAUGUAAAAAACCACUAAUCCACAUGUAUGAAAAGGAGUUCACUUCUGAGAUCUGCUGUGGUUCUUUGUGGGGAGUCAAUUUGCUGUUGGGAACCCGAUCUAAUCUAUAUCUGAUGGACAGAAGUGGAAAGGCUGACAUUACUAAACUUAUAAGGCGAAGACCAUUCCGCCAGAUUCAAGUCUUAGAGCCACUCAAUUUGCUGAUUACCAUCUCAGGUCAUAAGAACAGACUUCGGGUGUAUCAUCUGACCUGGUUGAGGAACAAGAUUUUGAAUAAUGAUCCAGAAAGUAAAAGAAGGCAAGAAGAAAUGCUGAAGACAGAGGAAGCCUGCAAAGCUAUUGAUAAGUUAACAGGCUGUGAACACUUCAGUGUCCUCCAACAUGAAGAAACAACAUAUAUUGCAAUUGCUUUGAAAUCAUCAAUUCACCUUUAUGCAUGGGCACCAAAGUCCUUUGAUGAAAGCACUGCUAUUAAAGUAUUUCCAACACUUGAUCAUAAGCCAGUGACAGUUGAUCUGGCUAUUGGUUCUGAAAAAAGACUAAAGAUUUUCUUCAGCUCAGCAGAUGGAUAUCACCUCAUCGAUGCAGAAUCUGAGGUUAUGUCUGAUGUGACCCUGCCAAAGAAUAAUAUCAUCAUUUUACCUGAUUGCUUGGGAAUUGGCAUGAUGCUCACCUUCAAUGCUGAAGCCCUCUCUGUGGAAGCAAAUGAACAACUCUUCAAGAAGAUCCUUGAAAUGUGGAAAGACAUACCAUCUUCUAUAGCUUUUGAAUGUACACAGCGAACCACAGGAUGGGGCCAAAAGGCCAUUGAAGUGCGCUCUUUGCAAUCCAGGGUUCUGGAAAGUGAGCUGAAGCGCAGGUCAAUUAAGAAGCUGAGAUUCCUGUGCACCCGGGGUGACAAGCUGUUCUUUACCUCUACCCUGCGCAAUCACCACAGCCGGGUUUACUUCAUGACACUUGGAAAACUUGAAGAGCUCCAAAGCAAUUAUGAUGUCUAAAAGUUUCCAGUGAUUUAUUACCACAUUAUAAACAUCAUGUAUAGGCAGUCUGCAUCUUCAGAUUUCAGAGAUUAAAUGAGUAUUCAGUUUUAUUUUUAGUAAAGAUUAAAUCCAAAACUUUACUUUUAAUGUAGCACAGAAUAGUUUUAAUGAGAAAUGCAGCUUUAUGUAUAAAAUUAACUAUAGCAAGCUCUAGGUACUCCAAUGGUGUACAAUGUCUUUUGCACAAACUUUGUAACUUUUGUUACUGUGAAUUCAAACAUUACUCUUUGGACAGUUUGGACAGUAUCUGUAUUCAGAUUUUACAACAUGGAGUAAAGAAACCUGUUAUGAAUUAGAUUACAAGCAGCCUUCAAAAGAAUCGGCACUGGGAUAAGAUUUUUCAGAAAAAGAAAAACAUCGGCAAACUGUGUGUGAUUUUUCCAAAGCUAUAUAAAGAACCAAAGGUUUAGUCAAGAAACAAAAAUCUUAAAGAUUAUUAUAACCCAGACUAAGGUUGAACAACCUGCAUGCCCAGAGAAAACUAUGGCGACAAAGGGGAAAAGGCCACCACUCGUUUUCUCACUGAUUCAUGCCAAUUAAGCCUACAGUUAAAGACCAGUUUUGUUCUUUUCACCCAUUUUUAAGCUGGUUUUCUCCUGAUAAGAAGAAAGGAAGAAAGCCCCAGACGCUUGGUUUUUCUCAGAACCCCCAAAAGAUGUGCAAUAGCUGUUGUUACAAACCACCAAAUAAUACAGUUGUGAGCCUGAAUACAGGACUGAACUCCUAUACACGUGUACUGUAGAAUGAGUAUUUUUUAAUACCUUAACGUAGGCGUCAAAUUCUACUCCCCAAAGCAGAUAGAUUGAUUUAUCAAAAUUAUUAUCUGGCCAACAGUGUGACUAUCAGACAGCAUCAAAUAUUUGCCCAAUCCAAGAUUAGACUACACAAAAGCUUCCUUCCAGUAUUAAACAAAAAGAAUUAAACAUAACUAUGAAAAAACUUUGCUAAUAUCUGUGUUUUUCAGAUUUCAUUUUUUGUAAAAUCAGAAAUUAAUCUAAACAUAUUCAGUGAUAAGUUCAUGUGUAACGACUUAAUGUUAAAGGUUAAAAAAAAGAUUUCACAAAAUAUACAACUUUCACCAUAUAUAUAAGCCUGCAAAAUUAGAGUAGUGAAAGUCAUGCUAGUCCAUCACCCAAAUAUGUUAUAGACGCCAUAGACAGGUGAUGUUUGGUCACCUAUGGUAACUGCUACCUGAUGAAGAGCAUAAUUUCUGCAUAUCCAUCCUCAAUACCAUGGUAAAUUCUGGGGCAAUAGAGAAGCAACAGAACUGCCACAAAGUAUACCUCAAUAUAAUUCCUCUAGUUCUGCUUCUAAAAUCUGAGGACAGUGCUAGUGGGAAAAUAAUUUUCAAACUACCUGGUUAACCAAAAUACAAAAGCAGCUGACUAUGUGUGAUUUCAUAAUAGCACAUUUCUUGACACUUAGUGCUAGAAAUGAAGAUUUGGAUUUUCUUAACAACUUACAUCAAGAAUGUAGUGUAGCUCAUUAUUGAGAAUUUAGGAAAGCCUGAAUCCAUUAAUUAAGGAAAUAAAUGUGACUCACAUUUCUUUUACUGUGACACAAUAAUGUGAUCCUAAAACUGGCUUAUCCUUGAGUGUUUACAACUCAAACAACUUUUUGAAUGCAGUAGUUUUUAAAAAAAAAAAAAACAAACUUUUAUGUCAAAUUUUUUUUCUUAGAAGUAGUCUUCAUUAUUAUAAAUUUGUACACCAAAAGGCCAUGGGGAACUUUGUGCAAGUACCUCAUCGCUGAGCAAAUGGAGCUUGCUAUGUUUUAAUUUCAGAAAAUUUCCUCAUAUACGUAGUGUGUAGAAUCAAGUCUUUUAAUAAUUCAUUUUUUCUUCAUAAUAUUUACUCAAAGUUAAGCUUAAAAAUAAGUUUUAUCUUAAAAUCAUAUUUGAAGACAGUAAGACAGUAAACUAUUUUAGGAAGUCAACUCCCAUUGCACUCUGUGGCAGUUAUUCUGGUAAAAAUAGGCAAAAGUGACCUGAAUCUACAAUGGUGUCCCAAAGUAACCAAGUAAGAGAGAUUGUAAAUGAUAAACCGAGCUUUAAAGGAUAAAGUGUUAAUAAAGAAAGGAAGCUGGGCACAUGUCAAAAAGGGAGAUUGAAAUGUUAGGUAAUCAUUUAGAAAGGACAGAAAAUAUUUAAAGUGGCUCAUAGGUAAUGAAUAUUUCUGACUUAGAUGUAAAUCCAUCUGGAAUCUUUACAUCCUUUGCCAGCUGAAACAAGAAAGUGAAGGGACAAUGAUAUUUCAUGGUCAGUUUAUUUUGUAAGAGACAGAAGAAAUUAUAUCUAUACAUUACCUUGUAGCAGCAGUACCUGGAAGCCCCAGCCCGUCACAGAAGUGUGGAGGGGGGCUCCUGACUAGACAAUUUCCCUAGCCCUUGUGAUUGGAAGCAUGAAAGUUCUGGCAGGUUAUGAGCAGCACUAGGGAUAAAGUAUGGUUUUAUUUUGGUGUAAUUUAGGUUUUUCAACAAAGCCCUUGUCUAAAAUAAAAGGCAUUAUUGGAAAUAUUUGAAAACUAGAAAAUGAUGGAUAAAAGGGCUGAUAAGAAAAUUUCUGACUGACUGUCAGUAGAAGUGAGGUAAGAUCCUCAGAGGAAACAGUAAGAAGGGAUAAUCAUUAAGACAGUAAAACAGGCAAAGCAGAAUCACAUGUGCACACACACAUACACAUGUAAACAUUGGAAUGCAUAAGUUUUAAUAUUUUAGCGCUAUCAGUUUCUAAAUGCAUUAAUUACUAACUGCCCUCUCCCAAGAUUCAUUUAGUUCAAACAGUAUCCGUAAACUAGGAAUAAUGCCACAUGCAUUCAAUGGGAUCUUUUAAGUACUCUUCAGUUUGUUCCAAGAAAUGUGCCUACUGAAAUCAAAUUAAUUUGUAUUCAAUGUGUACUUCAAGACUGCUAAUUGUUUCAUCUGAAAGCCUACAAUGAAUCAUUGUUCAACCUUGAAAAAUAAAAUUUUGUAAAUC